AUGCCAUUGUCGAUAACAUCGACGAGGAAUGCGAUGGGCUCAUUCAACAUCUUCACGUUAGCGCUAGCUCAAAGUUCGAAAGUCACCAAGAGACGUCUGCCUUCAAAAACACUCGAGCUAAUACGUCAGCGUGGAAUCGUAGGAGCUGCAGGCAACCGCAAACUAACGUCCGGACUUGCAAAACAAUGCAGACAUGUGAUGAAAGAAGAUCUUAGAGAGAAAAGAGCAGGAGCAACGGCCGAAGCUGCUGAGGCUGGGAAAAGCAUACGCAGAGCCCACCGAAGCUUCGCCAAUUACAAGACCAAAAUGAUUGCACUCCGACGCCCAGACGGAACAGUUGCAGCGUCCGAAAGAACAAUGGAGAAAAUCAUCCACGAAUACUACUCGGAUCUCUUCGAUAGCCACGUCCACCUUCCGUCGUAUGAAAUAAAGAAGGGUGGAUAUGCUGUGCCACCGGUUCUCCUCUCCGAAAUCCAACAUACCAUUCCGUCGGUGAACAGUCGAACAGCACGAGGGUUGGACAGUAUGAAACCAAAACGCCUGAGGAACCUUCCGCCAGUUCUCGUAAACGCACUGGCUUAG